ACUGAUCUUGGCGCUUCUUCGUUUACCUUCCACGAUUAAAAUCCGAAAGACCGCUCUUCCGCUUUAACGUCGAAUAAUUCGAUAAAAAGAAAUCUCGCUGUACAAUUUGCCUCUACUCUCGUUGAAGGAAAAAGUCCGCCCUUUCAAAUGGUGUUAAGAAUGUUGUGUACGAUGUUUCUUUCUGUGCGAUGCAACUUGAGGAAUUUCAUAAAAGAUACAUCGAGUGCAAGAAAGAUUUUGUGAAGUUCAUUUAGAUCGCAAACGUGUAAACGAAACGUCGCACGUGAAUGAAGUUAAUAUCGUUUUUGAAAGUGAAGAUUUUUCCUUUAAUAUGCGUACUUGGCAAGUGCGAUACUAGAUACUUUUCACCGAGUUAUCGAAUGUUGACUUCCGAGACCUUCGAAUUUCGGCCCUUGUCGUCGAAAGGCUGUUUUAGGAAGACGAUCGUUUGAUUUUAAAAUGCAAGGUGCAGGUAUUCGAUUACUGCACAAGGUAGCAAUUGAGGGGAACAUGAAGCAUCCUUUCAACAAUGACAGUCACUUUUCCACGAACAAGAACCCUAUAGUUUUUCUGGAUGUUGUCGUCGGCCCCGAAAAAGUGGGCAGAAUCGUCAUAGAAUUGUUCAAGGAUAUCGUGCCACGGACCGCAGAGAAUUUCCGUGCACUGUGCACCGGCGAAAAGGGCGGCGGAGUGAACGCCAAGAGGUUACAUUACAAGGGAUGUGUUUUCCACAAAGCCAUUCCACAGUUUAUGAUCCAGGGUGGAGAUAUCGUCAAUUUCAACGGCACCAGUGGCGAGAGCAUCUACGGUCCUUAUUUCGAAGAUGAGAAUUUCCAUUUGAAACACACAACCCCGGGAUUACUCAGUAUGGUGAACGAGGGAAAGCCGAACACCAACAGUUCCCAAUUUAUCAUCACUUGCGUGCCUUGCCUGCACUUGGACGACACUAACGUAGUGUUCGGAAAGGUCAUAAGAGGCAUGGGCGUAGUAUUGGAGCUCAAUAGCGUGUCGACUGUCAAGGAUAUUCCAGUUGAUGAAGUACGCAUAGUGAAUUGCGGAGAGCUGAAAAGAAACGAAAGCUGGGGAAUGGAAGAAAAUGACGGGUCCGAGGAUGUUUACACACCGUGGCCUGAAGAUUGGGAUUACUCCUCGCACGUCGACAAACUUAGCCAUAGAUACGUCAAGGAGGUAAUAAGAAAGAUAAAAGACUCUGGGAACCAUUAUUUCUCAAGAAACAAUUUUGUGGACGCUGGUAGAAAAUACAAGAAAGCGUUGCGAUAUUACAACUGGAUGACGAAGCAAGCGGAUUUGUCGGAUACGUCUGACAACACAUUGAUAAACCUCAAGGUGAUUAUAUUACUUAAUCUGGCUGCCGUGAAAUUAAGAAAAAGGAUCUAUCGCGAUGCGAUGGGGCAUUGCAAUGAGGUCUUAAAAUUGGACAGAGCUAAUAGCAAAGCGUUAUUUCGAAGAGGGCAAGCUUAUAUCGGCAUGAAUGAAUAUGAGUUGGGUUUAGCAGACUUGCAGCAAGCACUCCUGGAAUGUCCUAAUAACAAGGAUAUUAUUCAGGAAAUAAAUAAAAUAAAAAAGAUUAUGAAUUCUUAUUUAAUAAGGGAAAAAGCGUCGUGUCAAAGGAUGUUCAAACAAUGAAACUGUGUUUUAUACUUGGAGACUGCACAUUACGACGAAAAUUUACAUAUUGUUAAAAUUAUUACAUUGAUAACCAUCUGCAGUUUGUUUAAAGGGAAAUCAAUGUGUGCGUUAGGUUGAUGAAAAAAAUCUAUGUUUGUUUUUAUUGGUACAAGAGUUAUAUUGAGAAAUAUUGAAGAAGGAACGAAUCAAUUUUUUCCAUCAAUUUAACACAAUUAUAUGAUCGCUCUAACUGUUUUACAUCUAAAUAAGAAAAUGUUUUUAAUGAAAAUGUUAUUUCUCAGUACUUAUCGGCGUGAAAAGUUAUAAAUUUUUAUA